AUGACCUGGUGCACAUCCCAAGCUUUACCCAACACUCCCAAGCUGAAGAAGUCGUACUGGGAUGGAUUUCCUCCUCCUAACUCCUUGCUCCUCAGCCACCAGAGGGAGAUGCUGCCCAAGGCAGACGCCUCAUUCCGGAUGCUAAAUCCUGCGUGGCCCCAUCAUCUCCAUCCACUGUUCUGGGAAGGAUACAUAUCAAACCCUCGGAGUUUGUGGGAGAACUACCCCCACGUUUAUCUUCCGUUCCAGGUGAAGUUUUUCUACCUGUGCCAGCUGGCUUACUGGCUGCACGCCCUGCCAGAGCUCUACUUCCAAAAAGUCCGCAAGGAGGAGAUCCCUCGCCAGCUGAGGUGCAUCGCGCUCUACCUAGUGCACAUCGCCGGUGCCUACCUCCUCAACUUGACCCGUUUGGGGCUGAUCCUCUUGCUGUUGCAGUACUUGGCUGAAUUCUUCUUCCACAUGGCCCGCCUGGUCUACUUCACGGAUGAGAACAAUGAGAAGUUGUUUAAUGUCUGGGCUGUCGUGUUCGUGGUCACCAGGCUCUUCACCCUCACCUUGUACAUCCUGGUCAUUGGCUUUGGGCUGCCACGGGUGGAAAACCAAGCCCUCGACCCUGAGAGAGGGAACUUCUUCAGCUUUCUCUUCAACAAUAUCCUCUUCAGAAUGAGUGUGCUGCUGUUGGUGUGCCUCUUCCAGGCCUCGGUGAUGUGGAGGUUCAUCCACUUCCAGCUGCGGCGCUGGCGGGAAUACUGGAACGAGCAGAGCAGUCGGAAGCGAGUGGCUGCUGGCGCCAAGCAGCAAACCAAACAGCUCAAGAGGGACUCGGGUUACCACGAAAAUGGAGUGGUGAAGGCAGAGAAUGGCACCUCACCACGGACCAAGAAGCUGAAAUCACCGUAGAAGGAAAGGGUCUUCUCCUGGGGAGGAGGACGAGAUACCAGGACUGAGCAGCAGCCUCUCCUCCCACUCCUCCUGAGCGUCGAAUCGAACGUCUUGGAAACCGCUCAUCUUCCCAAGGUGUCUCUCGCUCUCCUCCCUUCCUUUCUCGCUCUCUUGAACCAUUUGCAAUAAAACCAAAAAGGUCCCUUUCCCCUUCUCCUUUCCCCCCACCACCCCAUAGGAGUCCUUCCCAACCUUCCUGGUUUUUGCCUUCCUCCAUUUUAUCUAAAAUCAGCGUGCAAUUUAUUAUUUUUUUUUAAUUUUUUUUUCUUUUCUACCUUUAGUGUUCAGUUAUUUUGAGUUAUUGUUACAAAUGCAUCAUAGAAGGUUCCAAACAAUCCUUGUUUUUUUUCUUCUACAGCACGUUCCUCCCUUCUCUCUGUGGUGCUUCCCUGAGCCCCCCCAACCCCUGGGGUCAGGGCCACGGCAGCUUGAAGGCACCGCAUGUCUGUUAUGGGAACAGGCUCCUGGGGGGAUGUGCUGGGGCUCUGUGGCCCUGAGGCUCAGGGUUGGUUUUGGGGUGAGUGUUGCCUCUCCUGGGGCACAUCUGGCCAGUGCUUGGCAAGUGCUGCAGGAUGGGGAUGCUGCAAAGAGAGACCUGGGGCUGACGGAGGGACCUCAAACUGUGUCUUGUCUCAUGGUGGACCUCUGGUUAAGUUGGGAGUUUUCUGACCUCUGGUUUUGAGGUCAUUUUGGAGAGCUGGGCAGCAGAAAAGGGAAAGAAUUUCCCUCUUAAUAUAGGACCCACCUCCUAGACUUUGCUUGCCUCAGGUCUUCUGGUACAGCUGGGUCCCUCUUACUCUUAGCUGCAGGAGGUGAGCUGCUCCAUGGUUCUUCUGGAGCUCCCAGCCUUGAGAACUGGGCUUGAGGUUCCUCAGCUCACAGGACCUUGGCAUGGGGCAGCAGCAUCCUCAGGUCCACCUGAAACCUUGAGUCCUGCCCAGUUUUGUGGACUGGCCUGGUUCUGGUCAGCCCAGGCUCUUUGCCAGUUUGCUUGUGUCUCCUGGACCUGGUGUUCUCCUGGCUUUGUGACCACAUCCAGGUGACAAAGUGGCUGCUGCAAAGAGUUUUGCAUCAACAGGACUGUCCCCCUCGUGCUGCUGCCUUCACCUUCCUCAUCCCUGCCCUGCCACCAGCUUCACUCUUUGUUUCUGAAGGAUACAGAGCUUGUAUCCACCCAAGGUGCUAUCAAAUGCAGGGUUUCAUCC